AUGAAACCUUCCUUGGGCCUUCUGGCCAGCGCUACGGGGCUGACUCUGGCCCGCGCUGCCUCCAUGGCUGAUGUGUGUACGAGCGACUACGCCCGCAGUGCUCUUCCGUCGACCGACUUGGGCCAUGGAAUUGUGCUUAAGCCGUCGACCGUGGUAGCCACUGCAGUCUACAACGCUUCGUCUGCCGGAUCAGACUAUUUCCCUGCCAUGCAGUUCGAUUACUGCAACGUCUGGCUGCAACUGUGGCUGCCCUCUCCGGAUAAGUAUCGCAACCGCUGGGUAUCAACCGGAGGGUUUGCGUUCUCAAUCAACUACGGCACCAGCCUGCUACCGGGAGGCGUCAUCUACGGAGCCGCAGCCGGUAUCACGGACGGUGGGUUUGGCGGGUUCAGCGAAGGGCUGAACAGCGUGGAGCCCGUGGCCAACGGAACCCUAGACCGGAACCCGAUUUAUAUGUUGGGCUACCAAGGUCACCACGAGAUGUCCCUGAUCGGGAAAGCCUUCACGCAGCGCUUCUUCAACGCCACGGAUCGCAAGCUGUACUCCUACUACCAAGGAUGCUCCGAGGGCGGCCGCGAGGGCUGGAGCCAGGUCCAACGCUUCCCGGAUGAAUGGGACGGGGCCGUGAUCGGUGCACCGGCCAUUCGCUUCGGCCAGCAGCAAGUGAACCAUCUGUUCCCCAACGUGGCCGAACAGACAAUGGGCUACUACCCGCCCCCGUGCGAGCUGGAGAAGAUCAUGAACUUGACGAUUGCGGCCUGUGAUGGGCUGGAUGGCAAGGCGGACGGUGUCGUCUCCCGGACCGACCUGUGCAAACUGCACUUCGACCUGAACUCCACUCUCGGAACUCCUUAUAAUUGCCCGGCGUCAUCGACCACGACAACGCUUAAGAAACGUCUCCUGUCCCAGAGCUAUACCACGCCGGCGCAGAAUGGCACAAUCUCGGCCAACGGCGUCGCCCUCGCCUCGACGCUCUACAACGGCUUGCAUACCUUGGACGGCAAACGGGCCCAUAUCUGGUACCAACUCACCAGCGGGGAGUGGGAGCUGGACAUCACCGCGCUCGGCGGCGAGUAUGUCGCCCGCUUCCUGCAGUACCAGCAACUGAGCAAACUGCCCACCCUGGAGAACGUGACCUACAAUACCCUAAAGGAAUGGAUGGAGUGGGGCUGGACCGAGUACGAAGAUGUGCUCCAGACCACCUGGCCUGACUUGACCCGCUUCGAGCAGGCGGGUGGCAAGGUGCUGCACUAUCACGGCGAGUCCGACCCCAGCAUCCCUCCGGGCUCCUCAGUCCACUACCACGAGUCGGUCCGCAAAAUGAUGUAUCCGGGCCUGUCGUUCAACGCCAGCACAGAGGCGCUCGGAGAGUUCUACCGUCUGUUCUUGGUCCCGGGCGCCGCUCACUGCGCGCCCAGCAGCUACCAGCCAGGCCCUUUCCCCCAGACCACCCUGGCCACUCUGAUCGACUGGGUGGAGAAUAAGCAGGCUCCUGACACCCUGAACGCGACGGUGCUCUCAGGGGCAACCAAGGGCGAGGAGUACUCGCUCUGCCGCUGGCCGCUGCGACCUCUCUGGGCCAACAACGGAUCCACCAUGAAUUGCGUGUACGACGAGGCCUCCCUGAAGACUUGGCAGUAUGACUUUGAUGCCUACAAGCUCCCAUUGUAUUGA